AUGAGUAAGACUGGUAAGAAUUCAGAGUAUUACAAGCAGGCGUUGGAAGAAUACAAGGAGGUGCAAGAGGACGAAGAUCCAGAUGUAUGGGACACGAGGAUCUCGAAGACCGGAUGCUACGUUGAAAACCUUGCAUUACAGCUGUGCCACGCAGAGACCGGCGACUGGAGGCAGUGCUUCAAUGAGAUGACGUUGUUUAGAAAAUGCUGGGAACAGAACGGCAACAGGGAGCGUGUAAGCACGGUGGACGUGGAUGGGGCGGCCAGUAGCGGUUUGGAAAAACAGCACAAAUGA